AUGGAAUAUAAACUUCCUAAUCUGCAUCUGAUCCUACACUUCACCUUCAAAGAUCUUCAAGUUAUCGCUGGAACUAGAUAUCGAAAUCACAGCGGACCUGAGAGAUUGUUUGUUCAGAAACGAAAGGUUCUUCGGGGAAUAAGACAUGAAGACUUUUUCGGAAGAUAUGGACAUCAGAAGUAUGACAUCGGAAUUCUAAAGCUUCGACAACCAUUUGACAUUCGGGGAUCUAACGGUUACAUUGGAACCAUUUGUCUGCCGCCAAAAGGAGCCACUCCAAUUGGGGCGGUUGCAGUGAGCGGAUUUGGGUGGCAAAAAGAAGGUGGUAAAGCGCAAUCCACAGUGCUACAAAUAGCUACGUUGCCAAUUCUUCCAAAUGAGACGUGCCAUAAAUAUUAUGGGCAGCGUUUUCAUGAAGGCACCAUGUUUUGUGCGGCAGAUCUCAGCCAGGGAAGAGACUCUUGCAAGGGUGACUCAGGCGGACCCGCCAUGCAGCGUCUACACGGUCGUAUAGUCCUUUCGGGAAUCGUCUCUUGGGGAGAAGGCUGCGGCCGCCAAGACAGGCCGGGCGUCUACACCCAAGUUUCCAAGUACAUCGACUGGAUUGAGAGGCAGAGGCAAUAG